AUGAGAUCAUAAAGUCCUUUACUAUCACCUUAAAAUUAUAAGUUGACUUCUAAUUUAUUAACUCCAACUUAGAAAAGACAUAUUUCACAAUUAUCAACUGGAUUUAAUAAAACAAGUACACCUUAAACUGAAUUUGUACACAAAAAAAAAAGAGAAUUCUAACUUUAAAUUCCAUAAAUUGUCUCUGAAAAAUAAAGAUAAUUUUAAACUGUUAAUAACUAUUAUCACCCUAAUACUAGUAAUCAUUUAAAGCCUUCUGAAAGUCCUUCAAAAAUUUUAUUCAAAACAGGAUAUGAAUAAUAAGAAGAAAUUAAAAGAUUGAACUAGGAAAAUUUAAAUUUAAAAGAGAUUAUAAAAAAAUAAGAAGAUAAAUUACAUGAAUUAGGAAAUAUCUUAGAAUAAAAUCAAUAGCUUAAAGAUUAAUUAGAAAAAUUAUAAAAAGAAAAUGAUAAACUUUUAUAAAAAAAUGAAAAGGAUAAUUAAAAUUAAGACAAUAUAUGA